UCAACUUGAUAUUUCUCUCUAUAAAAACUUCUAAAUUAUUAAUCUAAAAAAAAACUAUUUUAUUUCAAUCCAAGAAGUGAGUAGGAUUUAUGGCAUCAAGGAGAAUUCACAAGGAACUAAGGGAGUUGCAAAGAGACCCUCCAACUUCAUGUAGUGCAGGUCCUCUGGCUCAGGAUAUGUUUCAUUGGCAAGCAACCAUUAUUGGGCCAAAUGACAGCCCUUAUGCAGGUGGUGUUUUUCAAGUGGGCAUCCAUUUCCCCCCUGAUUACCCUUUCAAACCACCCAAGGUGGCUUUCAAGACCAAAGUAUUCCAUCCAAAUAUAAACAAUAAUGGAAAUAUUUGUUUGGACAUUCUUAAGGAUCAAUGGAGUCCUGCCCUCACCAUAUCCAAGGUUUUGCUAUCCAUAUGUUCACUACUAACAGAUCCAAAUCCAGAUGAUCCAUUGGUACCAGAAAUUGCACAUAUGUACAAGACUGAUAGGCACAAGUAUGAAUCAGUGGCUCGUAAUUGGACCCAAAAGUAUGCUAUGAACUGAUUUGUUGUAUCCAUGUGGAAUUAGUCGAGGUGCGGAGAAGCUGACCUGGACAUCACGUUUUUUUAAAAUAUAUAAAAAGCUCAUGCUGCUUUUUAUAACUUAUAACCAUGACUUCAUCCUCCCAAACCAUAUAAUAAGUGCUUAAAACUAGUAAAAAAGAGUAAUGUGUCACAAUUGAGAUAUCUAUUUGGGUUAAAUAAAAUGUGUUCUUUUUCUUUCGUUUUCGUACUAAACAAUAUAAGCUGUUCUGAAUGAAAUUUUCUUCUUUAUGUUUGUAUAUCCAUUUUGGAGCCGCAACUAAUUCAAA